GGUCCAAAACACUAAAGAACCCCCGCGGGUACCGAAGAAUUCUCUCCCCUUCUCUCUCAAUUUGAACUUUUGCGCGGACGAAUAAGUGCGAGGAAUCUCGUUCGGAUUCUGUGCAAAUUCCGGCAGAGGUAAAGGAGAAAAUAAUGGCAGAAUUGAUGGAAGCUACUCCGUCUGUGUCUCCAAGCGUCGAUGUCCAAGCAGUUCGCAGUUGCAUAAGCGAGAUAGAAGAGUUGCAGAGAUCUUUGGAGGAAGAUGAAGCUUAUACGACGGAUUCAUUAGGUUCUGAGAAGUUACUGAAGGAGUGUUCUCUCCUUCUCGAGAGCAGACUACAGCAGACUCUGUCAGAAUGGUCUAACGUAGAUAGUUUCUUGGGGAUUGAUGAUUUAGACGCAUAUGUUGAACGUAUGAAAGAGGAACUUAUCGCGGUGGAAGCUGAAAGCAGCAAAAUCUCCAGUGAGAUCGAGGUUCUUAAGAGAACCAGUAUAGAAGAUUCGAAUAAAUUGAGGAUGGAUCUUGAAGUAUUAAAAUUGUCGUUAGAUCGUUGUGCAUCACAGGACCCAGAGAAGGCAACAUUUAAUUGCUACUCUGUGAAUGGUGAAGAUCAAAUGGACAUGAUAGUUGAGCGUGAAUGCAAUGCCUUUGAGGUAUUGGAACUUGAUAGCCAGAUUGAGAAGAACGAAAGAACUCUAAAAUCUCUGCAGGAACUAGAUGAGAUAUUUAAAAGUUUGGAUGUUAUCGAACAGGUCGAGGACACAAUUGGUGGUCUGAAGGUCAUUGAUGUCACUGAUAAUUUCGUUAGAGUAUCAUUACAUUCACAUAUUCCAAACUUGGAAGAGUUUUCAAGCUUACAGAGACUUGAAGGUAUGAUUGAGCCAUCCGAAUUGGAUCAUGAGUUGCUGAUAGAAGUUUUGGAGGGGACAAUGGAGUUAACGAAUGCUGAGAUCUUUCCCGGUGAUGUCCAUUUGCAUGAUAUCAUCAACGCUUCAAAGUCCUUCAGCAAUUCUUCAUUGGAAUGGUUUGUGAGAAAAGUACAAGAUAGGAUUGUUUUAUGUGCUCUUAGGCGAUUUGUUGUAAAAAGUGCAAACAAAUCGAGUCAUUCCUUCGAGUAUUUAGAUCAAGACGAAACGAUAAUAUGUACUAUGAUUGGAGGAAUUGAUGCAGUCAUUAAGGUGUCUCAAGGUUGGCCAUUGUCGGAUUCUCCUUUGAAACUCAUAUCUCUCAAGAGCUCAGACCAUUAUAUAAAAGGAGUUUCUUUAAGCCUCAUUUGCAAGGUGGAGAAAAUGGCAAAUUCCUUGGACGUUGGUCUUCGACACAAUCUAUCAAGCUUUGCAGAUGCUGUUGAAAAGAUAAUGAAGGAGCAAAUGCACUUAGAACUCCAAUUUGACAGUGCUUUAUGAUGAUCUUAUUGGAUAUUUCAAAUUUACAAUCACGCCAAUUGAACACAACGAGAUCCUAUAUCAGGUAUGCAAACUGAACAUCUAUCUACUAAUACAAGUGCCCAGUAACUGAUCAUUUUUCAUGCUGAAAAUUUUCGCUGGACUGCUCAUUGCUAUAAUAUAUAUAUUCCUUUUGUUUGUAUAGAUUAAAGACUUUGUUGCUCUGUUGAUAACAUCAUCAUUAUUAUUAUUGAUAAUUAGAUUCUUUGUA